CGUUGAGGUCCACCUUCACGUGUUACUGUGUGAGUCGACGCUGGCUUCAGGGAAACAUAUCGAUGUUUUAGCCCAGGUAGUGGAGCUUUUCUUGGUGUGUGUCUUGAUGUGGAUGUCUUUGAUGUGAUGGCCUCACCCAUCAAAGCCUACAACUCCAUCACUUUGGACUCACGCAUAUCCAGCACGCUCCGAGACUCUCUGCACAUGGAGUUUUUAGCUGAUGUGUCUCUUCUGCCUGGAGAGGAAAGAAUCACAGAUAAGGACAUCAUUUACAUCUGUCCAUUCAGCGGUGCUGUGAAGGGCAAAGUGUUGAUCACCAACUACAGAAUCUACUUCAAGAGCUCAGACACUGACAUGAGGAACCUGAGGUUUGCUCUGAAACAGGAGGGCCACAGCAGAAGAGACAUCUUUGAGCUCAUCUUCAGAUAUGCCUUCCCUCUUUCAUUCAGCAUGCCUCUGUUUGCAUACAUCACUCAGGAGAAGUACAGUGAGAAUGGCUGGAACGUCUACAAACCUGUAGAAGAGUUCAGGCGUCAGGGCCUACCCAACAACAAGUGGCGUAUUGCAUUCAUCAAUAAGAGCUAUGAUCUGUGUGACACUUACCCUCCGGUGCUGGCUGUGCCUUACAGAAGUACAGAUGAAGAUCUCAGGAGAGUGGCUGCCUUCAGAUCCAGAGGACGCAUACCGGUUCUGUCGUGGAUCCACCGGGAGAACCAGGCAGUGAUUGUCCGCUGCAGUCAGCCUCUGGUUGGGAUGUCCGGAAAAAGGAACAAAGAUGACGAACGCUACCUGGACCUGAUCAGGGAGGCCAACGACACCACGAAGAAGCUCACCAUUUAUGAUGCCCGGCCAAACGUCAACGCCGUGGCCAAUAAGGCCACUGGAGGGGGCUAUGAGGGCGAUGAGUACCAGAACGCAGAGCUGGUGUUCCUGGACAUCCAGAACAUCCACGUAAUGAGGGAGUCCCUGAAGAAGCUCAAAGACAUUGUCUACCCUCACGUGGAGGAGUCCCACUGGCUGUCCAGUCUGGAGUCCACACACUGGUUGGAACAUGUCAAACUGGUUUUGACCGGGGCCAUCCAGGUAGCAGAUAAGGUCUCUAAUGGGAACUCUGUGGUGGUCCACUGCAGUGACGGCUGGGACCGUACCGCCCAGCUCACGUCCCUUGCCAUGCUGAUGCUGGACAGCCACUACAGAACCCUCCGAGGGUUCCAGGUGCUGAUUGAGAAGGAAUGGAUCAGCUUUGGACACAAGUUCUCCUCCAGGAUAGGUCAUGGGGAUAAGAACCACGCAGAUCAGGACAGAUCUCCCGUCUUUGUUCAGUUCAUCGACUGUGUGUGGCAGAUGACCAAACAGUUUCCCACAGCGUUUGAGUUCAACGAGCUGCUCCUGCUCACCAUCCUGGAUCAUCUCUACAGCUGCCGCUUUGGGACGUUCCUCUACAACUGUGAGAGUUCACGAGAGCAGCAUGAGGUCCGGUUCAAGACCGUGUCCCUGUGGUCUCUGAUCAACAGUAAGGUGGAUUUGUAUCUGAACCCCUUCUACGCCCCGGAUCCCGGCCAGGUCCUGUACCCUGUGGCCAGCAUGCGGCACCUGGAGCUGUGGGUGUCAUACUACAUCCGCUGGAACCCCCGCAUACAGCAGCAGGUAGGCCCAGUUGUGAUUUUCUGA